AUGCAGAACGAUGAGGCAGUCCCGAUAACAGUCGAGUUCAGUGGCGGGCUUGAGAUCCUCUUCUCAAAUCAGAAGAAGUAUUCCCUCUCACUGCCGAGCCAAGAUGAGUCUGGUGCGCCGGCAAACGUUGCGUUCCUCGUGCGACACCUUUGCGAGAAUGUCAUGAAAGAUCCGCGAAAGGAGUUAUUCAUAUUGGACGGGACAGUGCGACCUGGGAUCUUGGUUCUCAUCAAUGAAGCAGACUGGGAACUGGAGGGGGAAGAUCAAUACGAGGUGCAGAAGGGUGAUCACAUCAUGUUCGUUUCUACGCUUCACGGAGGGUAGGAGGCAUAAAUCUCCGAUAUUGAAGUUAUGAGCAGCAUCACCAGCAAAGGUUUCUGUCUUUCCGCGUGCGUGACAUAGACCUUGCUGUUAAUUCAAGAGUUCCCUGUUCUAAUGAGGUGGAAUAGCUUACGUAAGCGCGCGAGAAGCUUCGGACGAG